GAAUGAUUUUUCAAAGUUGUCAUUAUCGAACAAAAACAAUCAAGUUAUCAAUUGUUAUGCCUGCCUUAUAAUCCUGAAAGACGCGGUAAUGAGCAAAAUCCAGAGGCGUACACUUCUGGACAUUGCCUCAGCUGUCGAAAACGAACAAGGGAUGGAGAAAACGGUUUGGAAUGAUGAGGAAAAAACCGGCGGUGGAAUAUUAUUAAGCGCAAAUCAAUCCCCGAUUUCUCCAAGUCCAGUGCCGAUGACACUGUCUUUACCGCUGUCACCUGUAACUAACAGCGCCGUGUCAUCUGUCACCCUCACGCUGUCUCCGGCACCGCCGUCAUCUGGAUCAAGUUUCAAUGGAACUACUGGACCAAAUUCACCAACUGCAUUUUCUUUUGCGAAAAAGACACCAGAAUGUGCGUCAACACACUCCAGCCAGGAGUCCAUAGCGGGAACGUCACCUAGCAGUACGGGUAAUCCGUUAGCAUCCUCGUUGUCGCCAACGGAUAGUUUGCAAAAUGACCAACAGGUGUCGUCAACGAUACUGGAAGAAAGCCCAACUGAUGAUUUACCCACGAUGUCAGUGCGUGAAAAGAGUUUGAGUGAGCCCCCGAAAAUUCAAAAUUCCCUCCCAAUGCCGCCAACGGAUAGCCCGAAGAUGAAAAAACGCGAUGUACAAUCACAGAGCCUAUCAGGACCGGAAAUAAAGUUAAAUGGACACGGAUCAAGUAUUCUCCAGACAAUCCCCGAGCCAUCCUCCAGCGACCCCACAGAUUACAUUUUAGAUAAAUAUCGAUUGGAAAACGGUGCUACCCACGACCGAGCCUCGACGCCCCCUAUUGGUGUGAAUGAGCAAAACUCGAAAGACCAAGAAGAUUUAGAUGCAGACGACUUGAGUAAAUCAGAGCCCCCUGGUGUGAAAGCCAGACGUAAUCUGCAAUCAAACUUUACUGUGAUGAGCCCUGGUGCUAAGAAUGUGUUUGCAGUGACUAUGAGUUCACGGCGCGGUAGCCUACCGGUACCGGUUCGGCCCACGUUCCGGUACAACGCCAACAAUGAGACGCUGUCGAUCGAGGCUCCCGAUGUGUAUGAGGAAAAGAGUUCUAUUGGUGGACUCGAUGACCAAUCAAAUCACUUCGACAAUGACCUUGACAUUGCGGCCCAGAUCCUUGGCCGUAAACCCUCCGACAUUGAUAUGUACUCCGACACGGACUAUAAUGGUGAUUUCAACAAGUCAAUCAGUUCAGUCACGAGUGAUGGAAGUCGGAAAUCAUAUGACAGCAAGAAGCGGAAGUCAUCUUACUGGUAUAGUGUGCUUAGCCCAAAUUACAAAUCAAAAUGUGAAGACUUCAAGAAGUUAUUCAAAGACAUUCCUAAUGAAGAGCGGUUGGUAGUUGAUUAUUCCUGUGCCCUUCAGAAGGACAUCCUAGUCCACGGCCGCCUGUACGUUACCCAGAACUGGAUAUGUUUCUACGCUAAUAUAUUCCGUUGGGAAACUCAUAUCACGAUUCGAUGUAAAGACAUCACAGCCAUGACGAAAGAGAAGACGGCCAGAGUGAUACCCAAUGCCAUUCAGAUUUGUACAAAGACCGAUAAAUUAUUCCUUACGUCAUUUGGCGCUCGGGACAAGACGUACUUAAUGUUAUUUAGGGUGUGGCAGAAUGCUUUACUUGCUCAGCCUAUGUCCCCCCAAGAACUCUGGCAAUGGGUCCACUACAGUUAUGGUGAAGAAUUAGGUCUUACGUCGAGCGAUGAUGACUACAUUGCGCCCUCUAGUGAAGGUGAUAAGGCAUCAGACAAUCAGGCGUCACCAACGGACUCUAGUAUGACGAAACCGCCAUCUUACGAAGAGGGCAGGAACUCACCCUUGCCCGACGAUUCUUGUUCACAAGUGGAACUGAAGGAACAGCUAGAUGGCGCUUCAACGGGCGGCGAGAUCAAUGUGGCACACGGAACCAACCUAUCCCCCGACCGUGAGACGCAACCGCCCUCCAGCCUCGAUGAUCUCAUCUCAAGUGAUAAAAACGAUGCGUUGGAUUCAUCGGCGAAAAUCGGCGACGCAGAGUUACCGACUGAUCUCAGUGAUAACACAGACGAUACAGAUACCGGUGAGGUGACAUGCACCGGGCACAAUCAUUUCCGAAUCACCGUCAUGAACGAAGUCUUUCAAAUAUCCGUCGAUCAGAUGUUUGCACAUUUAUUCACCGAUUCGACGUUUUUCCGCGAUCUCACCUCAUACAGAAAAACAUAUGAUCGUGUGUUACCACCGUGGCAAGACGAGCCAACUCCAGAAGGCCACCGUCAGCGAACGAUAUCAUAUACGCUCACGUUGAACUCCUCACUUGGACCGAAAACAUCUGCUGCUACUGAAACUCAAACAUGUUACAGCCAAAGUAAACCAGGCGUUUUAUACGUUGUGGACACGGAGACCGUCAACAGUGGCAUCCCAUACGGGGACAGCUUCUAUGUCGUCAGUCGUUACUGUAUACAGCGCGUCAACAGUCUCAAGUGUCGUCUUCAUGUGACGAGUGAAAUUAAGUACAAGAAGUCUGUGUGGGGAAUGGUGAAAGGUUUCAUUGACAAAAAUUGCACGCAGGGUAUCCAUGAAUAUUUCAAUGACCUCGCGGUCCACCUACGGAGAGAGUCCGACAAGGCCGUCGUCGUCGGCGGGGAAGUUCACAAGAAGAAGAAAUUACGAAAGCGACGCGCCACUGCCGAAAUCAAUCAGCAACUACGCCACACGACGCCGGACAUUCCCACCUCCACACUGCCAACGUCGGUCAGUAAAGUACCGCAUAAAGAUGAAUGGUCGCUCAAGUUGAAUGCGGAGUCGUUGGUCAGGAUACUUAGCAUUGUUUUAAUCGUCUUAGUCAUGUUCAACGCUGUCCUAUAUUAUAAACUCUGUGCCCUGGAGGUCGCUGCCAAUUACCAUCAUCAGGGAAAGCCAUUUAGGAUGACGCCAGAUGAUAUCAACAAAUUUCCAAAAUCGCAAGACGAUUGGUUAGAGUUGCUAAAGCAGCAGCAGACACUCCAUGACCUUGAACUUGACCGAUGGAAGGACAUUCUGUCAUCUUCGAUACAGCUUAUAGAACAGAUGAAAUCGACCCUAACAGAACUUCGCACGAGUAUCGACAAGCCAUCAGACGGCCCCAAACUUGAAUUAUGACGACGGUGCCGGAUACCGUUGGCGUUUAACGUCGCUGUACAUGUUGUAUAUACUGUUGGGUUCUGUAGAAUGUAUAUAAGGCUCUAGAGACUGUUUUCAUGAGGAGAUGAAUGUUCUGUCAGACGGAUAUGAAAUUAAUGGUUGGACAGACAGAUGAAAUGUUCAGAUGGACAGAUACAUGAAAUGUUCAGAUGGGCACACAGAUGAAAUGUUCAGAUGGACACACAGAUGAAAUGUUCAGAUGGACAGACAGAUGAAAUGUCCCGAUGGACACACAGAUGAAAUGCCUGAUGGACAGACAGAUGAAAUGUUCAGAUGGAUUACACAGAUGAAAUGCCUGAUGGACAGACAGAUGAAAUGUUCAGAUGGACACACAGAUGAAAUGCCUGAUGGACAGACAGAUGAAAUGUUCAGAUGGAUUAUACAGAUGAAAUGCCUGAUUGACAGACAGAUGAAAUGUCCCGAUGGACACACAGAUGAAAUGCCUGAUGGACAGACAGAUGAAAUGUUCAGAUGGAUUACACAAAUGAAAUGCCUGAUGGACAGACAGAUGAAAUGUUCAGACAGACACACAGAUGAAAUGCCUGAUGGACAGACAGAUGAAAUGUCCAGAUGGACACACAGAUGAAAUGUCCAGAUGGACACACAGAUGAAAUGUUCAGGCAGACGAAGAUCAGAAAUGUUCAGAUGGACAAAUGAAUUUUACAGAAAGAUAGACUGAUGAAAUUUUGGAAGUCUUGAACUUCUGUGGUUAGAGAAUCACUGAUUAAUGGAUGCACCAAAUAUGAAUUCUCUGAACUGGGUAUUUCUGCUUGUGCCAAUUUUGCGCGUUUUUUUCUUGACAACAUUUUUAAAAAGUAGCAUGAAAGUUUAUCAGUCAAUGAUAUAAUGGCUUAGAAAUCCACUAUUAUGUGGACAUUUCGCAGAUUGCAGCAUCUGAUGAUUGGUAUUCGAUUACAAUUUGAGCUUGCUUUACUUCAAUAUCAUGUUGAAUCUUGUAUUUUUCAUGUGAUCUUCUAUCAUAAAAGUGAUAUGGGCAGUUUUGGACUUUGCAACUUUCUACUUGUGGAGGAGAUUUUCCAUGCUUAUGGGUUUAGGAAGGAGAAAUCAAGACUAUGGUUCUUAUAGGAAUAGGAACUUCUUUCAGUCUCUGCCUUCUUAAGGCACCCAAUUAAACUUUUCUUCUAUUUUGAAAGCAACUUGCAAACAAGUAGCUAUUAUCACUGCGAGCAGUGAAAAUUAUUGCUAUCACUGCAAUGUGCGAUAAAAGUUUUACUUGUCUGCAGGUCGAACCAGUAAUCCCUGGGUUUGACGUUUAUUCAGGUUGAAGCGAUUGCAGGUGCCUGCAAUGGCCACCGCACACAUAAGAUUUUUGUUGCAAGUCGCAACGGUGACAAUCAAUCAUUUCUGGGGCGCUACAGGAUGAAGAAGAUUUACACUUGAUAGGUUGGGUCGCAAUUUUUAUUUCUCUGGUGUUUUGUUUCCCACUGCAGUGCGAAUCUUACAAUCAAUAUUGGUAAAUAACUCCAGCAUGUUAUUGCUUUUAAAGGCACCCACCGCAUCCGUUUGUUGAAAUGGCUUCACCGAUUUAGAUCAGGGUUAAUUCUAUUUUGAUUAUACACAGCCCUCAAAGGACAGUGAUGUUUUUUCCGAAAGGGGAGGUAGUCUGGACUGAGUACGUACAGUGGAACCUCCCUUAGCGGACACCUCUAUUAACGACAACCUCUCUAUUGAGGACAACCUCUCUAUUGAGGACAACCUCUCUAUUGAGGACAACCUCUCUAUUGAGGACAAUCUCUCUAUUAACGACAACCUCUCUAUUGAGGACAACCUCUCUAUUGAGGACAACCUCUCUAUUGAGGACAACCUCUCUAUUUGAGGACAACCUCUCUAUUGAGGACAACCUCUCUAUUGAGGACAAUCUCUCUAUUGAGGACAACCUCUCUAUUGAGGACAACCUCUCUAUUGAGGACAACCUCUCUAUUAAGAACACUAGUUUUGGUCCCAAAGUUGUUGCUUCCACUCAAUUUAACCUCUCUAAUCAGGACACCUCUCUAUUAAGGACAGCACUUGUCAGUCCCGAGGGUAUCCCUAAUAGAGAGGUUCUACUGGAGUUUGUGAUGAAAAACGAAAAUGAAGUUGACAAAUUCAGACAAGAGAUGUGCACAUGUUGGCAUUCCCCACACUCGGCUUCGCUUUAAAAUCCAUGUACAUGUAAUUAUCGAACUAUUUAUCCAGGGAAACUUACAUCAAUCAUCAUAAUUCAGUCUAUUGAAGUUUGUAAAUGAUGGCUGGGAAAAUUUUGAUGCCAAUUAAGGCUCUUUGGGUGGAGGUCCGGAAUUGUGCAGGCUUCAAGGACUUAAAUAUUGUCUUUCGCGUGUGGUAUUGUUUAGACAAGGUGUCAUUUGGUAAAGAGAUAGUGCUGCCACCUCAUGUUUUGGAGGAAAGUUACAAUGAAUCCACUAGGCUGGGCUUGGACACAAGUACCAGGUUGAAGUUGGAUACUUAUUUUUUAUUGAUCCUUAUUCCCGAUUCUACUUAUUGCCUUUCCUCGGAUGGUUAUGGUUGGGGUUAUCAUAACAAACUGGAAAUAAGGAAUGUGAAAUUAGUAGCAAACUUCAGGCUGGUCAGGAAAGUUUAGUUGCAGGCCUUGUAUAAAAAAGACCCUUUUGGGUGUACGCUAGGUGUACAUACGCGGUUAUACUGGAUUUGGGAUGAGAACGGAUGAAUGACAAAAAAGAAUCAGAAAGGUGUUUUGUUGUUUUUUGCUGUGAUUUGUUAACGACUUUGUUAAUUGUAAUAUGUAUGUGUUUUAAGUUGUAAACAUGUUAAAGGUACAUCCUCAUGAUUUCUCAGCACUGAAACGAGGUGCCGUCUCUUUGAAAUUUUUUCAAAAGUUAGGGUUGAACCCUACAGGUUGUAUUUUCUUUGAUAGAUGGCGUUGUUUGAUUACAUUCCAAACACAUUAUUGUUUAACGUUGUCCCAAUAUUACUUAGCGGUGGUAGUUUUUAUGUCCGCUUCAUCAUCACCAUCAUCAUCACGUCCGUAGCAGGGCGACCCUAAGCUAUUAAUGAUUCGACACCACACGGUUCUGUCCUCGGCGAGGCGGAUCAGGUCUCUGGUCUUUCUUCCAGUCCCGUGCGUCACGUCAUCUAUCCAAAUUCUCUUUGGACGGCCGCGUCGGCUGCUACCCUCCACUGUGCCCUGCAAGAUGGUAUUUGCUAGUGUUUGCUUGGCUCUCGUGACAUGGCCGAACCACCUCAGCUUUUUCUUCUUGGCAACGGUUAGGAGGCUGUCGUGAUUCCCCAUGUACUGGGUGACCUGUUCUCUUACUUGGAUGAUGGUGGUGUGGGAUGUAUUGUGGACAUUGAGUAGUCUCCUGCCGCUUAGCUCUGCUUAAUUUAUUAGUUAAAGGGGUAUGCCGUUGGUUAUCUAUACUGGUGGUCCAGGAAAAUGGAAAUGCAGUUUUACACAAUGUAUUAGUGCACUUAUUAUGCAUACAAAUUUGUUGAAACUAGGCAUUUAUAGUAUGUGUAUAUCAGUCUGCAUAUCGGCUAUGCUAAAAUGUUUAUCUGGUAUGUCAUUACGCAAUUGGACAUUUUCUCAAAUUCAAUUACAAAUUUCAAACGGCAUAGGCCUUUAUAGUAUCUGUGUGGUUAUUUGCUCUGUUAAAGGAGCAUUGAAGAUGAAAUCCACUUACUGUUCAACUGUUCAACUGUUCUUCAGAAGACUUAUGUUGGUGCGCUGCCAUACUAAUUUUGAUAAAAUGUUCAUCUAGUGCGUCAUUACGCAAUUGGACACUUUCUCAAAUUCAAUUACAAAUUUCAAACGGCAUAGGCCUUAUUAGUAUCUUGUGUGUGGUGAUUUGCUCUGUUGAAGGAGCAUUGAAGAUGAAAUCCACUUACUGUUCAAUUGUUCUUCAGAAGACUUAUGUUGGUGCGCUGCCAUACUAAUUUUGAUAAAUUAGUACAUGUAGCCUAGAUUUACUGAUCUUAGACCCUUUCAGGAUAUUCAGCUAAGCAUUUGACCUCACAUGUGGGAGGUGACUGAAUAUUCAUGUAUUGGAAUUGAUCCCUAAAUUUGUCAAUCAAAGGGAAAUGUGCUCAUGAUUUAAUUUAUUACAAGUAAAUGAAUACACUAUUUAUAAGGGUCAAAAUUGGCAAUGUUGUGAAAGGCUCUUUCAAAGAAAUGAAAUCUUUCCACAUCCAUUCAAAUGAGGAUCUGGUGAAUACGAUGUAAUGGGUCAGCUCAUGAAUGGAUAUUUUUCUCAAGAUUUCUCUUGUUGAAUGCUGGACUGAAUUCAAGAAACUGGAGUUAUUAUGCACGGGGUUAUUUGAGGCCAUUCAACAUGCUCAAUUUGGAAGGACAAUGAAUAAGCAACACAGCAUUGUUGCAUGGUCAUAACGUGAUAUACCGGCUUGUCCUUUGUGUCAAUUUCGUAGAAAUCAAUUAAGUGGUCUUAAAUAGUGAAUCUUGAGUAUUUCAGUUUCUGCUGUUAUUUUUAAAGAAUUCUACAGGGUGGCCCAGAAUUAUUUUCCCUCACACAAUUGAUACACAAUAGCUAUUGUGAAAGGGAAAAUAAUUCUGGGCCACCCUGUAUAGUGCCAGAGGCCUACAUUCCCUUUAAAUUUAUAGAAAAUAUCAUGUUCAUUUGUAUCGUGUAAAACUCUUGUACUUUUUGAAGUCUUUGAAAAGUAACCCUGUUAUGGAGGUUUUUUUGUUGAUGCAAAUCGUAAGUUAUAAAUAAACAAGAAAAUUGUGUGACCCGAUUUCCGCUAUGUAACUCUUUAAAUACUUUUCACAUUGUAGAAUAUGUCAUUUUCGUCUUAUUCGAAUUACAGAUAAUUGUUCUUUUCGUGGAUUAGCAACCCUCACUAUAGGUUAGAACUGUUUUAAAGGCCCACGCCGUUCGAAAUAAUUUUGAAUUUGUAAUUGAAUUUGGAUACUUUCAAUUGCGUAAAUACAUAUUGAAUAUAAUAUUCAGCAUUGCCUUUCUGUAGACAGAUAUACAAAUACUAUAAAUACCAAUUUUUCAACAAAUUCAUAUCAACAAUAACUGCACUACGGCAUUGUGUAUGAGUGGAUUUCUAUUAUACUGGACCAUAGUAAUUACGAACGGCGUACCCCUUUAAAAUUCCGAAAACUUUAUGUUGUGUUCCCAGGUAUGACUGAAGGUUCCCAAUGUAGUCUCUGAAUGCACUUCGGCUGUUUUCUAUGUGACUGAAUAUUUAUUGUGCAGUUGUCAGUGCACCUCUACUUUUUGCUUAUUUAUUUGAUCCGUCUCCAAGUGUAUGAAUUUUUCACUCGGAGACAAAAAGGGUAGGACAAAUCGAUAUUCAUAUACAGGGUGUCCAAGAAAUGCAGGUUCCAGUUUUGGAUUAUAUAGCGGUUAUUGGUUGUGUCCACUGUCUAGUUAGAAAAUACCGAUCCCCCAUCGUUGUGCGUAUAUCCAUUCUUCACCGCCGAUAACUCCCCCUUGAUCGGCCGUCAGAAGGACUGUUACUUUAUCGGUAGUCUCCCUGCAUUCCCAUCCUUUCGGACGAGUCCAUGUCGCGACAACACUAACAUUACACUCACUCUCACUCCGGCAAACAACUCUAACAAAGAAUAACCAGGCACAUGACCGGGUGUGCGUAAACUAUGAAAACUACUCUCUAGCCUUAUUGACCAAUUUUUUCACAUCCUGAUAGCAAUUUCUUCCAAUAGCUAUUCUAUUUUUGCCAAAAAAAACCCCGAGGUGCCUUGAUAGAAAGGUUCUAGUUCACCAAGACAAAACAGAGGUGAUCCUCAAUUGCGAGAGUCAAAGCCAUGACCUCCUCAUUAGGAACCCAGUCCUCUAACCAAUAUACCAUGAUGCAUUUUUUGGACACCUUGGAUUUACUGAUUAUGCUCUAUGUUUUUGCAAGCUUCACUUCCACUUUCUAGAAAAUCAACACGUUACUGAUCCAAUCAACUUUGUAAUUGAAAUUUGAUGUUUGUCCAGUAUGCUUAGCUUUCAUGCCAACAUGUACAGUCCUGAUCAUAUUAAUAUCAACACCUACUUAAGCAAUAUCUCCCAAACUUGUACACCAAUUCCAAUACGGUUUUCAGGAUAAUGUCGGCAAUUUUGUUUUCUAAUCACACAUUAUGGCAAGAAUGUGAAUGCAUGAGUGCGCCAUUAUGUAAUAGGCCAUUUACAAAACCCUUAGAAAAAAACUUUUUUAGUUCAAACUUUUUUUGAAAUAUUUUUCGCUACAAUGAGAAAACACAAAAUUCUACGAAUACUGACAAAAAAUCAUCAAAAUCAAACGGGUUAUUAAUGAAGAUAGAGCUAUUAUUCAGCAGUGCAUUGGCACUGCAAAGUGGCAUGUUUUUACGAGAAAUGCGUGCCUUUGGCAGUGAAACCCUUAAUUUACAAAAAGUUAAUCGGCUCUAUCUUCAUUUUUUCGUUCAAUUUUGAUGAUUUUUUUGUCAGUAUUCUUAGAAUUUUGGGUACUUCAUUCUAGCAAAAAUAUUCCAAAAAAAGUUUGAAAUAAAAAAAAAUUUGUAAGGGUUUUUUACUUGGCUGAUUACAUUAUGCAAGACUCAUGCAUUCGCAUUCCUGCCAUCAUUUACAAAUAGAAAACAAGAUUUCUGAUAAUAUCCUGAAAACCGUAUUGGAAUUGGUGCACUAGUUUUGGAGAUCUUGAAUGAAGAAUGUGUUGAUAUUGAUAUGAUCAGGACUGUACUUAGUCUGGAUACUCUACUUGGAGUUUUUGUUCUGAAUGGGUGAAUCGACUGGAAUUACUUGAUUAAUGCACAAGAGAGAUUGUAUAGCGAUAUCCAUUUUGAAAUAAAUUAUUCUAAAUGAAAUUA